UAACCAAUACGGCCAUGUCGUGUCGUAGAUUUCAAAUUGGGCACUGACGAGAGAAACCCACUUCCUAACUUAUUUUCUCCGGCUCAAUUUUCUUUGAUUUGCAUUUCUGAGCUUCGUAAUUUCGACGCCUCUUUUGAGAGAGAAAAAUACAUAAGUCAAACUCGUGCUUUAGUGGUUGAAGAGAGGUAAAAAUGAGCGGAGGAGGAACACCUUAUAUCGGCAGCAAAAUUAGCCUCAUCUCCAAGGCCGAGAUUCGCUAUGAAGGAAUUUUAUACACCAUUGACACUGAAAACUCUACCGUAGCCCUCGCUAAAGUUCGGUCUUUUGGAACAGAGGACAGGCCCACUGAAAGGCCCAUUCCACCUCGGGAUGAGGUGUUUGAGUACAUAAUCUUUCGGGGAAGUGAUAUUAAGGACUUAACUGUAUGUGAGCCUCCUAAGGCAACCAGCAGCCUGCCUCAGGACCCGGCCAUCGUUCAGUCAUCCCUUGGAUCCAGCAGUAGCACAGCAGGCCCAUCAUCAUCAUUCCAGUCUCCCGGCCCGUAUGCUCCUUUUAGCAGGGCCCCAGUGCAGUCCUAUGGACAGUUUGGUGGAGCACCUUUGGGUGCUCAGCAGUUUGGGGCACCCGGAGGUCGUAAAAGUCCUCAACUGGACGCCCUAGCAAAGAGUUCCGCCCUGGAUCAGGCUACGCAGGCCCCCAACUCAGCUGCCCUGGCAGUGCCAGUCGGACAGAGGAGUCAAGUGUCAGCCCCGGCCCCUCGACCUGUUGGCUCCUCCGUUGGUAACCAAAAGCCACCAGACCUCCUGGAGCAGAGAAAGGCUCCAGAGGUGCCAAAAGUGAGUCAAGGGGAUCAUGAGCAUGGUGCUGUUGAAAACCGGGACCCUAACAGGCGUCAAGGAGCUCAGUGCUACCUGUCAGCGGGCACUCAGCCAGUGCGGCGCGGGCGUGGACGGGGCAACCGCAGCAGGGGAAAAGUGAAUGUGCGCCGGGAUGGAAUGAUGAAGUUUGAGGAGGACUUUGAUUUCGAGACAGCCAACGCUCAGUUCCACAAGGACGAUAUCGACAAGGAGCUGCAGACCAAACUCAAGCUCAAAGACGACAAGGCGGAAAAGACUUCUAAUGGCGAAGAAGCUGACCCCGAACACCCGGGUGCUGAAGCACCUGCUGAGGAAGAAGAGGCAGUGAUACCGCCCUGUUACUAUGACAAGACCAAGUCCUUCUUUGACAACCUGUCCUGCAACGACUCCAAUAAAUCACAUGAUGGAGGAUUUUCGAGAGAGCGGAGGUCAACCUGGGCGGAAGAGCGGCGGAUGAACGCCGAGACGUUCGGCAUCCCACUGAGGCACCAUCGCGGCCGAGGAGGCUACCGGGGCAGCCGAGGCUACAUGGGCGCCCGCGGGGGUCGAGGACGGCCGUCCGGCCGGGGUUCCUUCGGCCCUCCUCGAGGGGCGCCGCCCGGCUUUCGAGGCAACUUCAGGGGCACCAGAGGAGGCCGCGAGUUUGCCGGCUUUGAAUAUGCGAAGGACAACAAGGUAGCUGCGUAGUCCCACCCACUUGGACGCCUACGCCGACCAAUCGUAGCUCUUUCAAACAUGUUCUUGGGUCCCGACAUUUGCCAGGAAGGAAGAUGACACAGCAGCGUGUCGCCUCCAUUUUCUUUUUCUUCAACGAAUGAUCAGUGGUGUAAAAUAAGCAGAGUCGGUUUGCACGCUGACUGUGCUUAGAUAGCUUUAUUUCUUCUUCUUUCCUUUUGUUUUGAUUGACUUCCAUUUUGAAUGUGACGUUGUGUCAAGCGGGCCUGAAGGAAAGCAAAUUUGAGCACAUCUGGAAUGAUCAAUGUGUGUAGAGAGAAGUCCACUUAACCUUUUUUUUUUCCCCUUCUUCUUCGGGGAGUGCUUUUAGUAGUUAGCCAUCAGCCAAAAAGUUUGAAAUUUUUCCUCGGUCAACCUCCUUUAUUCCAAAUUGCUUUCUGUGAAGCCUUUUGAUGAAUUUUCUCUCCACCAAAAAAAAAAAAGGGACAGCAACUGGAUAUGUGACAUGAAUGCAUUUUUUUCAGUAUUUUUGGCUCCACUUUGUAUUUAGGGAGUGCCUUCAAUGGGGGGGUGGGGGGGGGGAUUUUCUACAGCUCUCCCUUUAAUGUUGAUGCUUUCUGGCAGAUGUGAAUAAAAAGCACUACGAGGUGGUGAACUUGUUGCAAAUGUGCCGUUCAUGUUCCGCACGUGAGCCCCAAAAACUGCAUGUUAGCUCAUCGGUCGAUUGGAAAACCAGCCCAAAACAAAUGAGAGCACGAACCAUCCCGAACUCUUGCCUUUCUGUAAGUCUGUUACUUCCUCUGGGCUUCUGGAACAUUUGGAAAACUGAGUCUCGUUCGAAAUUGAGUUUAUACAUUAAAAGAAAAUGAAGAGUAUAACUUUCUGAUCCCUGUAAUUUAUUUGGAAUUCAAUUCACUGUACUCCAAACUUGGUGUUGUGCAUUUGUGUCAGAGGUCUCAUGUUUUUAAAAAAUGUUGAAUGGUGUUUCAACACUGCGAUGCUCUUUUUAUGAAAUUGUGUUCCUUUUCAUCUUGUCAGUCCAUAUCGUCUCACAAAAGUUGUCCGUAAUUCACCUUUAUUAGCAAAAGUAAGGCAAGCCUUUCCUUUCUGUUCUUUUUUUGUCACUGCAGUGGUUUCCGCCUUGGAAAAUUGCCGGGUUUUUUUUUUUUUUUUGCCCAAUCUCCUGAACGCGGACCUUAACUGAGGCAAGCAAGGCUUGCAGUUCUUUUAGAAAUUCUAUCUCGUCAUCUAGGCUUCACAUACUUCUUACAGACCAACAGCACUGUAGACGUCGAGCAGACAUUUCACAUGCAAACAUCACUACUUGGAGUGGGAAAGUACAGAAUUUCUAUCGUCUUAAUCAUGCUAAAAAUGGGUGUAUCGCAUCGCAGAUCCACGCAUACCAGUCAAAAAGUAUUCAUUUAGUGAGAAAAUGUUUUCUCUAUCUAGCCAUUGUGUCUAAUUUGGACAAGGAUACAUCUGAUGCAAAGAUUUUUUUGGGCUGGAUUUCCCUGCUCCUGUCAUUGGCUACAGACUCUUUCAGAUCUGAUUGGCUCUUGCACACCUGAGGUUUUUGUGAGCAUAAAGGGGUUCAGAAAAUGGAUUGAUGGCUUUUCCUGCUAAUCUGUGGUUUUCAAUCCUGCUAGUUUACAGGUUAGGUACAGACACUAUAGUUAUAGCAAGUACUUGUAUGAAAUGUCAAUCUGCAUUUUGAUUAGACUCAACCGCCACUUCCUCUGUGGCGCAAUGCAAACUUCCAAUUCUUUUUUUUUAUAAGUAGUGUACAGUAGUUGCCUAGUUGCAAGGAGGAAAGCGUGCCAAGGGUGGGGCAGUUCCCAUCUCAUUUAAACUUUGGAUGCUCCUGAUUUGUGAAAAUGGCUGGAACCCUCCUGCGGAUGCUUACAGGGCUCCCAAACUUUAUUCAUGACUGAGGAGAUCCAUACUUCAAAAUAUUGAGAUAGUUCCUCGCAGUGCUUUUCUAUUGCCAGCUAAGCAGCACUAUAUAAAGUCACAAUAUUCCGCUUUGGGAAAAAAGUUUAACAAUAUACUGAAAUGUACAUCCGGCUGUAAAGUUAUAUAUGUUGCGGAGAAUACCACGUUCUAUUUAUAUCAUUUGUUACAAACCAGUAUGGAGACCAUGACAAUAAAGGCAACUCAUGUUCAUGUCUAGGAUACACUUUGUUAGUGUAAUCAGACUCCCCCUCACCACCACCACCGACCCCCAGUAAACUCAAAGCUCAUGAAAGAUCUAUAAAAUGAGUUUUUCACGUGUUCUUUCAAUAAAAAAAAUACAAAAACGA